CGUCACACAAAUGGCGGACGUUGUAAACACAGCCAACAGUUUCUCCGGGGCCAAAGUGAAAGCUGCGUUUUUAACAUGGACAGUGUAGAGUUUGACCGGUUGGACAGCUUGGAGGGGUGGGUGGCAGUUAAAAGUAACAUAUUUGAAGAGAGUGAGCCCUUUAAGUUGGGUUUUAUCGUCCAGUGGAACGCUAUCGAGUCGAAGUUCGCAGUAACCUGCCACAACCGGACGUUACAGCGGCAGAAACGUAAGGCUGAGGUCCCCGCCGGUGGCCAGCCUCAGAUGAGCUGGGCAGGACUGUUCUCCGUGAACGACCUGAAACACGUCCACCAGCAGUUCACAUGCGUGGCGGACGUCCUGGGCGGCUGCUUCCCGGAUUUGUCCGACUUUGGGGAAAGUAACAUUUGGGACUUGCUGCUGUCGAAUCGGAGGUCCGGUCCAGAGGAUGACGACCAGAGAGACUUUGACACGCCGUGCAGGAAACUGGAAAAAUACUUCAGCACCGCCAUUGACCUGUGCGGGAGAAAGAUCGUCCUAGAAACUUUGUUCACCCAGGAUGAGAGGGAUGUGGAUGAGUACUUUGAAAAUCUACAGGAGUUCAAAAAGAAGACCAUGCAGGAGGAGAUGUCAAGGGCCAAGGGCCAACUGAAGGAGCUGCUGCAGAGUCACAGUACCACUAAUGGGAUGGUGGCACUGCUGAGCAUCUAUGAGAAGGAAGAUGAAGCCUAUCAGGACCUGGUUACUGUUGCUACUAGCUUCUUCCAGUACCUGUUGCAGCCCUUUAGAGACAUGAGAGAACUGGCCUGCCUUUACAAGAUGGAGAUUCUUAAGUCCUUGGAGUUUGAGGACUUGGGUCCCAAGAGGAUUGCAGCUCUGGAGAAGGAGGCAGAAGAGUGGAGAAUGAAAGCAGAGGAUGCUGUCGCCUCCAUUCAGGACAUCACUGUCAACUACUUUGCACAGACUUCAAAGGCCCUGGCUGGCAUGGUAAAACAGAUGGAGGAGGAUAAGAAACGUUUUGGACCCGCUGCCUGGGCAUCUGCAGCUCCCAGACUGGAGAAGCUGCGCUUCCUUUUAGCUAAGGAAACCUUGCAGCACAUGCGAGCGGCAGAGAUGUGCCUCAGCCGCAAGAAGGACGCCAUCAAAGAGCGGCUGGAGAACUUGUCAGGGAGAGUCCAGAACCGGAGAGCUGAACCGGAGGGGUCGGCGUCUGAGGCCGGUCAGAAACGUGACACAGUGGACCAGCUUGAACUGCAGUUCUAUGAAACCCAGCUGGAACUUUAUGACGCCAAGUUUGAGAUCCUGAAGAACGAGGAGCAGCUGCUGGUGGCUCAGAUAGACACCCUGCGUCGACAAAUUAAAGAGCUGAAGGAGGAGGUGGUGUACUACGAUGUGUGUGAGGAUCCAGAGGAGCUGCACAGCAUGGUCCACACAGCGUUUCAACAGGCCGAACCGCCACUAAUGCGUCAGCUCAAACGACGCCUGCAGACCCUGGAGACCAAGAGGGGCAACAUCUGUGCUCGGAGGGCUUACCUGAGGAACAAAAAGGAUCAGUGCAUGGACGCCCAGGAGCAGAAGCAGCAUGUGGCCAAGCACAGCUCGAUAGUCUUCAACCAGCAUCAUCAGGUCCACCUGAAACGGGAGAAGAGGAAAGAGGAGGAGCAGAGGAGGAAGGAGUGGGUGGACCAGGAGCGAGAGAAGACCCUGAGCAGAUUACGAUCCUUCAGAGAGAAGCGACAGGGACAGUACAUCCUGAAGACGCCUCAGUCCAGGAAGCCUCCCUCAGAAGUCUCCUGUCCCUCCCAGCCGUUGUCCAUCAUCAGCCUGUCUCCGUCUGCCUCUCCUGACGAGCCGUCCUCCAUCCGCCCGGCUCCUAGACGCAGUAAAACACCCCAAAAGCAGCAGCCUAAAGACAUCCCUGUUCAGAUCUUCUCUGCACCGCCUCCGCCAACAUUAACGUGCCCCACUGCGCCGCCACCUCCACCUCCACCUCCACCUCCACCACCGCUUCCACCACCGCCUCCUGCCAUGCCACCUCCGCCUGUCCGAGCUGCACCUUCCCCUCAGGACACGCCGAUGCCUCUCAGCGAAAAAGAGGAGCCUCCUUUUCCAGCCAAGAACACGCUCAAGCAAAACAUAGGAACUAUGGAUGAAGUGUUGGCCUCGCUGCAACGCGGACAGAUUAAACUGCGAAAGGUUCCCGAUGCUACGAGCAACUCUGGGUUAGACGCGAGGAGCAGUCUGAUGUCCGCCAUCCGAGAGGGAGUCAAACUGAAGAAGGUGGUUCCCAUGCGAGAGGAAGUCCCGAGCGGUGCGGACAACGAGCUGGAGCGCAGCAUCAAAGCCGCCAUGAUGAGAAUGAAGAAGGUGGCGGCCGACUCGGACGACGAGGACCGAGGCGACGACUCGCAGAGCGCCGACUGGGACAGCUGAGAACACAAACCUGCAGAUGAAGUCGCUCUGACACAAACCCGCCCCCCAAAUCCCCUCCUUCACGGCUGUGAGCCGAAGCUCGUGCUAUGACCAGAUUUAACCAAAAACACGCUGCUGCUUCUUCUUCUUCUGACGAGGACGGGAUUACGCCUCCUCCGACUUAAACACUUUAGUUUGUUGGAGCUGUCGCACACUAAUCCCAUUGGUCCUCCUAAAGCAGCACCGAGAUGUAAGAGAUCCAAAAAGGCUCCGAUCCAGCUAAGUAGUAAGUGACAGAAUCGGGAUUUAAUCUCCUCUGAAACCUUUUUUUUUCUAGUUCUGGGAGGAUUCUUAAAGUGAAUGGCCAAAUGGGAUGUUCUGCAUUAUAAAGCAAAGGCGGUCGGUGGCACUGAAGCGCAGCGUGUGAAUGAUUGAAACUUACACAGCCGUCUGCCUGGAGGCCUGUAGUGAAGCUGCUGCUCAACAGGAAGAAACUAAUUCCUCUGUCAUAUUUCUGAAUCUUAACUCAGUAUCUUGAAUGUAAUAAACCAGUGAUUCUUGAGGAGAGGGACAAAACAAGUCCUAUGGAUAAAGCACAAAUUUGAAUAAAAUCUACACAAAAUAAAAAAAUGUUCAAAUAUCUGACUAAACUAACCUGGGCCAUGUUAGUUUAGUCAACAACAGUGUAUGUUUUCUUGGUGUUUGCUGAAUAUUUUUUUAUUUUAAACUCUGCAGGUGGAUGGUGUCUGUAAAAUCCCUUGUCCUGGAGCAGAACUCAAUACAUUAUAAUCAUUUAAAACAAUUAAAGGAAUACUAAGAAUAUAUUAUGACAAUUAAGUAUAAGUAUUCAAAUAAAUAAUCAUAAAAGUACCAAUAAAUUGAAUUAAAAUAAUUUUUAUAUAUUUUCCAACUCAAUUGAAUUUUCUCCCAAGUUUUUGUCAACACAGUCAGACAUAAAAAGAAUGUAAAAAAAAAAAUCAGGCAUUAUUGGGGGGCAUCAGAACUUCUGAGGACCCCAUGACGUCUUCCUUUCUCUUCCUUUGCUAAAAUAGGCUGGUUAGCUUAUGUUUAGUUUUUUCUAAAGAAGUUGGGACAACCACUUUGUGUCAACACCAUAACUGACAAUUUACAAAAUUUUGUGAAAUAAAUGAUUAAUUUUAGUAAACUGUAACGAUUCCAUGGACCUGAUGAGCUACAAUAUGGCCUCCUUCACACUAACAUCAUAUAAAUUGAGGUAGUUUGGCAUUUCGUCAACUCCGUCCGUUUUUAGCUGACAGUCUGACUCUUUCAGUGAUAGUGUCGACAAAUCUCACUUAAAUGUGCAGUUAAUUCAUCUUAAUGUAUUUUACAUAAAUAGCUUUACUUCACAUGUAUCAAGUAUUUCUUUUUACUCACUAGUUUGUCACCAAGUUCAGUUCUGCAUCAGCUCCGUCAGAUGGACUUUAUGUUGUUUUUUGUUUUAAAUGUUUCUUGAGGAGCAUUUGUCUGUAAAACUGAGUAAAAAUAUCACUAAUAGGGUCAUUAAAAAAAUAAUAAUUUUAUAUUUAUUUUUGUCAGAUGGUGUUGACAAAGUUCUGGGCCAGGUCCAUUAAAAAUGUAAUUUUCAAAAAAAUGUUGCGAUUGGGAGCCUGCACCUUGCCAUCUUUACAUUUCCAAAACAUUAUUUGUCAUAUUUGUAUACAUAAGCUGGAGGAAUAACAAAAAAAAUUGGGGGGAAAAUUUAAACCCAUUUUGUCCCUCUUCUCAAGAAUCACUACGUGUUUCCUCGGAUAUAAUCCAGCCGCUGUAUACCAGAGUAUUUACUGUAAGCUAUGAAGAGCAGUGGUGUGGAAAACAUUCGGCAUUGUUUGUACUACCAGCUGCUGUCUCCAAGUAAUCAGCUAAUUUUUCCUUCACCAUGCCAUACGUAAAGAGAUCAAUUAGGAAUGCAGGAUAUCUUUUGUCUUUAAUAAAUAUGUGCAAUAACGACCCGUCUCAUCACCUAAGCCUUGGUUUGAAUUGAUUUCUGGCAAACAGCAUUAAAGGGUUCAGAGUAAAUGAAACAUCUGUUCACUGAGCUGGCAGUGGCUGCACUGGAAACACGUGUACUGUUUUAUGAAAAAUAAACCCAGAUAUGAAACCUUU